UUCAGAAUAGUGCUAAUUAUAUGCCAAAUUGGCAGAUGGAGAACGUUCUGAUGAAAGAACUUGGUCCAAAUUGGAAAAAUAAUUUCCUAAAUUUUGACCCUACGCCAAUGGCCGCCGCAUCAAUAGGUCAAGUGCACAGCGCGCAACUCGCUUCAUCAGGAAUACCGGUAGCCAUCAAAAUUCAAUAUCCCGGUGUUGUUGCAUCCAUAGACUCCGAUCUUAAUAACCUGCGAAUGUUAGUAAGGGCCAGCAAUUUACUACCUAAAGGUCUUUAUCUUGAUAAUACUAUAAAAGUGGCCAGGCGAGAAUUAGCGUGGGAAACUGAUUAUGUUAGGGAAGCCGAGUGCAUGGAAAGAUUUCGGGAUUUAUUGAAGGAUGAUAAGAAUUUUUCGGUGCCUCAAGUAGUUAAAGAAUAUUCCACAAAGAUGGUGCUGACAAGCGAAAGAAUGAUGGGCGAGUCAUUGGCUUAUGCGGUUAACUAUAAUCAGGAACUGAAAGACUGGAUAGGAGAAAACAUCCUGCGCCUUUGUUUACGAGAACUAUUCGAGUUCAAGUUUAUGCAAACUGAUCCCAAUUGGACAAAUUUCCUUUACAACGCUAAUACUCAAAAGAUUGAGUUAGUAGAUUUUGGGGCGAGCAGAAGUUUUGAUGAUCAUUUCACGGAAUGUUACUUGGAAAUAUUGAAAUCUGCGGCAAAUCGGGAUAGAGAAGGAUGUGAACAUUAUUCCCAGAAGAUUGGUUUCUUGACGGGAAUUGAAACCGAGACAAUGAAGAAUGCUCAUGUAGAUUCGAUCGUAACACUGGGAGAGCCGUUUUCAGUUGCAACCUAUGAUUUUUCGAAACAAACGAUCACCAACAGAAUAAGAAAUUUAAUACCGACUAUGCUGAAGUACAGAUUAACGCCACCGCCAGACGAAACAUACAGUUUACAUAGGAAAUUGUCUGGUUCAUUUUUAUUAUGUGCCAAAUUGGGAGCGAAAGUUAGGUGCAGAGAAAUUUUCGAAGAUGUUGUUGGAAAGAUUUGA